GCGAUCAAUGGUUGUCGCUGAGGUGCCAAAGCUUGCCUCAGCAGCCGAGUAUUUCUUUAAGAUGGGCGUUGAAGGGAAGAGGUUCCGUCCCACUGUAAGUUUAUUGCUUCCAGUUCUUUGAUGUUUGAGAUCCUUACUACGAAUUGUAUUUUCUAUCUUAGAAUUGUGACAUUCGUGUGCAUAACAUUGAGAUAUUACAGUCUCAAAGGGAAAGAACUGUUAUCUUGUUGGCAGUAAAUUGUUUACUCUACUUUUCAGUAAGGACAAAUUGUAUGAAAAUGCGACAUACUUUUAUCUGAUUCAUAUUUUACAUAACGCACUUUCAAAACUUCCAUUUUGGUAUAUCAGAUGUGACAUCUGAAACAUUUAGGUACCAACUUUACACAUGAGAAUGUAUGAAAAUAUAUUCUCUUUGGCCCAAUUCUUAUGUUGUGUAAUGUACUUCGGUCUAAAAAUGUUUGAGAUAUCACAUCUAGGUAGGUACAUUGCAUUAUCAUGCAAUUGCCUUCUCAAUAUGAACACAAAUUUUCACAGUUGAACGUUUUGCUCUCUUUCCAGCAUAUGAUGUAUGCUGUAUUUCAUUGGUGUUCACAUGUUAACAUCUAAUUUAUUUGAAGUAGGAAUAGAGCUAGAGGCAUGCUAGAAUUCUCCCCCUUGUGCUUUGUUAACCAUCUGCUGAUUGAUCUACAAUUUAUUAAGUUUUAACAGGAUGUCAAUUUUCAUACUUACCAUCAUCUGAAAAUUAUCGUUUCUCUUGGAUAUUAGGGAGCGGAGUGCUAUGGUAACAAUGUUAUUUUAUUGAUGGCAACAGCUUUAAAUAUUCAAAUCUCUAAACCGGCUUCAGAAAACGUUGUUGAUAUGUUCUCCACAGAUUUGCGCUUGAGACAACAAUCUAUUGCUGAAAUCACAGAGAUGAUUCAUGUUGCCAGCCUCCUUCAUGAUGAUGUACUGGAUGAUGCUGAUACAAGACGUGGGAUUGGCUCUCUUAACUUCGUAAUGGGAAAUAAGCUUGCAGUAUUGGCUGGAGAUUUCUUGCUUUCUAGAGCUUGUAUCACACUUGCCUCUUUAAAAAACACAGAGGUUGURUCACUAAUAGCAACAGCAGUAGAGCAUCUUGUUACUGGGGAGACGAUGCAAAUGAGCACAUCAGCAGAGCAGCGUAGUAGUAUGGAUUAUUAUUUGCAGAAGACAUACUACAAGACUGCAUCUCUGAUAUCAAACAGCUGCAAGUCCAUUGCCCUUCUUACUGGGCAAACUGCGGAGGUGUCUAUGUUGGCAUAUGAGUACGGGAAAAAUCUGGGUUUGGCGUUCCAGUUAAUCGAUGAUGUUCUUGAUUUCACAGGCACAUCAUCAUCUCUUGGGAAGGGCGCAUUAUCUGAUAUUCGCCAUGGAAUUGUCACAGCUCCAAUAUUAUAUGCAAUGGAGGAGUUCCCAGAACUACGCUCAGUUGUUGACCAGGGAUUAGACGACCCUGCCAAUGUGGAUCUUGCUCUUGAGUAUCUUGGUAAAAGUCAUGGAAUACAAAGAACAAGGGAACUAGCAGCAAAGCAUGCAAGCCUUGCAUCGGCUGCAAUUGAUUCGCUGCCGGAAAACGAUGAUGAGGAUGUUCAAAGAUCAAGGCGGGCGCUUGUAGAAUUGACGCACAGAGUUAUUAAUAGAACAAAAUGAAGACGGAGAUGAAGUUGGCCAUAGUCUGAAGAAGAUCGAUCAAUAUAGAUGGAAGAUUUUGUUUCAGUAGAAUACGACACAUCCCAAUGUUUGGAUCUGAGUGUUCAUUUUCUUGUUCAAUAAAUGAUUACUGGCCAAGAAAAUCGCUAAUAGUUAUACUUGGGUAAACACAAUUGAUUUCAUAAUGUCAAAAGUUUGGAAUUCUUGCAGACUU